UUACAGACCAGCAAUAUUCAUGGUCGCCCUCGCAGUACUUCGAUGAGGACAGCUACUCCCCUCCACCCAGGAACAUGAAGGGUCUCUCCGGUGGCCGCCCUACCCAGCUCCAGCUCACAUCCCCCACCUCUGCUCACACCUGUGGCCUGGCUGAAUGCGACCACUCCCUGGACCACCAUCUCCACCAUGGUGACUCACGGUCUCCCUCCUAUCUCCUUAGCCCCACUGAGAGCUGCCCACUUGAGAGUCACCACCGCUGCUCCCCACGGAGCUCCAUCCACUCUGAGUGCAUGAUGAUGCCGGUGUCCCUUUCAGCCACAGAUCACUCAAUUUCUAGUAGCACUUUUCCUCGCAUGCACUAUGGCAGCGCUUCACGGGACAGCGGUGGAAACACUUCUGGUGGCAGAGAUUCCCGAGAUGAUGGUGGCUCAUCUUCGCAUUCACAUGGUGGCAGUGGCAAAAUGAAUCGAAUCCCAGCAAACCUUUUGGACCAGUUUGAGAAACAGAUGCCGCUGCACCGGGAUGGCUUCCACACACUGCAGUACCAACGCACCUCCACCACAACUACAACUACAGAGCAGCGCAAUGAAAGCCCCGGGCGAAUUCGCCACUUGGUUCACUCUGUACAGAAACUCUUCACAAAGUCGCACUCCCUGGAAGGUUCUUCCAAGAUGAACGGCACCAAAGGCGACUCACACAGGGACAGCUCGCACCACCACCAUCACCACCACCAAGGCCACCACAAACACAGCAAACGCAGCAAGAGCAAAGAUCGCAAAUCCGAUGGCAGCGGCAAGCAGCGCUCUGGAGGUUGGUGGAGCUCAGAUGACAAUCUGGAUAGUGACAGCACGUACAGGACACCGAGCGUCAUGUCACGGCAUCACGUGGACCACAUCAGCCACUGUUACCCCGACACAAUGCACGGCCAUCUGGCGGGAGACCUUUCGUUGAAGACCUCCAAGAGCAACAAUGAUGUCAAGUGCUCAGCUUGUGAGAGCAUAAACAUGGCACCCGAGGGCAAGUUUAUGAAGAGGAGCUCCUGGUCAACGCUAACAGUCAGCCAAGCCAAGGAGGCCUACAGGAAGUCCUCUCUCAACCUGGAGAAGCCCAUGACUCCCACUGACCUCAAACCAAACCGUAGGCCAUGCAACUAUCUACAGGUGCCCCAGGAUGAGUGGGGGGGUUAUCCUGGUGGUGGGAAAGAUGAUGAGAUCCCUUGUCGGCGAAUGCGGAGCAGCAGCUAUGUUAAAGCCAUGGGCGAUGAGGAAAGUGGAGAGUCAGACUCCAGCCCAAAGACAUCACCUCAGAAGUCGGUGCGGCCCAACGCACUGGUCAAGGCCAUUAUCAGACCCAGGGACCUGCUGGACUCUCAGAGCUCUUACCGCCUGGAUAAAAUCAACAGUGACAUGCGUAACUACAUCACCAAUUUUGCUGCAGACUUAAGUCAGAGCUACCACCUGCAAGCAACCAGGGACAUGCAUCCAAGCCUUGCCCUUGAUCCCUCUAUAAACUACAACUCCCCCAAGUUUCGCUCCAGGAACCAGAGCUAUAUGCGAGCUGUCAGCACGCUCAGUCAGGCUAGCUGUGUUAGCCAAGUGAGCCAGGUGAGUGAAACUGAAAUAAACGGCCAGUUCGAGUCUGUGUGUGAGUCAGUGUUCAGUGAGGUGGAAUCUCAGGCGAUGGAGGCUUUGGACCUGCCUGGCUGCUUCAGAACUCGGAGCCACAGCUACCUGCGAGCCAUUCAGGCUGGCUACUCCCAAGACGAUGAUUGCAUCCCACCCAUGGCCUCCACUGUCACCUCCACCAUCAGGUCAACCACAGGGAUCCAGUUCUGCCUCCCUUCCACCUGCAGCAUUGAUUGGAGUCCCCAGCCAACCCCAGCCAUCACUUACACGCCGAGCUACAAGAAGACGCCUCCACCUGUUCCACCCCGCACAACCUCCAAACCGCUCAUCUCCAUCACGGCCCAGAGCAGCACUGAGUCCACCCAGGAUGCUUACCAUGAGGGAAGACACCCCCAUGGUGGGAUGUGGGCCCCAGAUGGCCUCGGCCUGGGGCUGAGUCCUGGCAGGACUCUCUACAAUUCCACCGACAGCCUGGACAGCGCCAAAGCUGUGACUAUUGCCAUGGAGGCAGCGGGGGUCAUGACUGGAAAAAGACACCCAUCCACAGACUCUCAUAGCUCAGUGCUGACCUGUGACAAAGCAGUCCUGGUAUCCAAGGCUGAGGAGUACUUGAAAACACCUCGAUCAUCGAUAGGGAUACAGGUGGAAGCAGCCACUGACUCUGAGUCUGAAAGCAAAGGCUCGCGAGAGUACCACUCUGUUGGGAUCCAGGUGGAGGAUGACAAGAAAGGACAGGGAAGGUUCAAACGCUCCAACAGUGUGACUGCAGCUGUGCAGGCUGACCUGGAGCUGGAGGGCUUUCCCACCAUGGAAGACAAGGGCCUACAGUUUGGUGGGGGCUUCCAGCGACACUCUGAGCCCAGCACUCCUACCCAGUAUGGGGCAGUGCGGACUGUCCGCACACAGGGCCUCUUUAGUUACCGUGAGGAUUACCGCACCCCCGCUGAGCCGCCCAGCCCUCGAGAGACCACCAGCGAUACCACUUGGCAGCUAGAACCCCCCUCUCCUCGGGAUAGUGCAGCCUCAUCAGUUGAGUCUGGGAGGGUGUCACCUUCCCUGCGGAGGGAUGGGAGCUGGUUCAUGCAACUGCUUCAUAAUGAGACCAAGAGGAUGGAGGGAUGGUGUAAGGAAAUGGAAGCAGAAGCUGAGGAAAACGACCUGUCAGAGGACAUACUGGGUAAAAUCCGAAGUGCAGUGGGAAGUGCUCAGCUGCUCAUGUCUCAGAAAUUCCAGCAAUUCUAUUGGCUGUGUCAGCAAAACCUGGACCCCAGUGCCAUGCCGCGACCCACCUCUCAGGACUUGGCUGGGUUCUGGGACCUGCUGCAGCUCUCCAUCGACGACGUCAGCAUGAAGUUUGACCAGCUGCAGCAGAUGAAGAACAACAGCUGGCGGUCCAUAGAUAGCCCAGAAAAGAAGCCACCAGCUCCUGUACCAAAGAAGACAGUUCGACAAAAGAGUGCGGUGACGAGGGAGAAAUCUCUGGACCUCCCAGAUAGGCACCGGCAGGAGGCCCGUCGACGGCUUAUGGCGGCAAAGCGGGCAGCUUCCUUCCGGCAGAACUCAUCCUCAGAGCGAGCGGACAGCAUCGAGAUCUAUAUUCCAGAGGCUCAGACUAGACUUUGAGAAGAUGUAGGGUCAGGGGCCAAUACGUGUCCCUGUUCCCACGUUGUAACAACUUUAAAACUAGCCUUUUUUCUAGACUGCUACUCUCUACUCCUACUUUAUCCAUCUGUUGUCUGAUAGCCAUCCUCAGUGCCCAUUGCCAACAACACUGGACUGUAGGAUGUGCCAAGGCUCUUCUCACAUUGUAUGUCUGACAUUGGUUGGAUGAGUUGUUGUCUUGGUUUGCCGGAGAUUAUGAUACCCCAAUUACAAGCUCUCUCAUGUCCUGGAUGGGUACGUCUGUAGUUUUUCAGCAUUUGCAAAGUGCCAUUUAAAAAGUGCAGCUUUGAUAACCUACCAGCAGCCAGGCCUUUGAGCUAAAAACGAGUCAAAUAUGUUUAUUUCAAGUUGUUCAAAAAUGGUCAGUUAGUAAUCCUUAAGUAUUUUUUAGUCUUUUAGGAUUACUUUUUGUUUCUGUAAUCUUUAGAGGGUUAAUCAAAAGCUAAAUAUUAUUAAUUUGUUGUUCAAGUUUAAAACUCUGAAAAGUGCCAAUGCUUGAAAUACCUCAACUAUGUGCACGUGGCACCGGUCGCCCAUUCAAGGUUAUUCAGGCAGCCCUUAAUAAGCUCUGGACUGGUCAGUGUUGAAAAAUGCAGCUUUCUACCCAAUCUGGUUGUAGUCUAACAUUUGUCAUGGUCUGGAUUGGUGGAGGAAUGACAUCUGUCAGCUCAUCAAAGUGCACCUUUCACACAGCGUUCCUAUAGAUCUCAUGUCCCUGUUGCCAACUUUCAGACAUUUACUUGAAGCUAAAAACAUGCAAGUGUUGUGCCAACAUUUCCAUUAUGUCAAUGCAGUAGAGAAAAAAAUAAUAAUAUGAAGGUUUGUGUAACUCUUUAGAUCAAAAUGUGUAGACAAAUGCACUUGUGCACUUAUUACAAUUCUUUCUAUUUCCAAGGGAAAUGUACAUACCCAGGUUCACAAUAGUACUGUUGUAUUUUUGAAUUGUGAGUGGGAAGAUCAUGCUUUUUUUUCCCCUUCAUGCCAGCUGCUUGUCUGCUCUCAUUGUUGCUUUUGACAAAUCUGCAUUUGUUGCAUACAUGCAGAAACUUGAUCAUGCACAUAAAAUCACGCCGCUGUGCUUUUCUCAGCCCCGUUAAAGCUGCGCCCUCAGUCGCAGUUAAUGAGGAAUGAUAGAAAUAACCAC